AACAUUUGAUAAUCGACAACAAUGUAUGAGAAAAGUAAAAGAAAUUUUUCUUGAAAAUCGAAAAAAAUAUGAAGCCCAUGUCAAAGAAACAGGUGAAACAGAAUCAUUAUUCAAUGAAUUGUCAUUAAAUAUGAAAGACAAUGAAUGGGCUGAAAUUGUUGCUAAUAAAGAAAAAACAUAG